AUGCCCGCCUCACCACUACCAAUGCCUCCUAUCACAGCUCCGCCUGGUCCUAUGCCACCACCGCCAAUUCCACCAGCCCCAGGUCCAGUUUUGCCCAUCACAUCGGCUCACAAGACAGCUAAUGAUGCUUAUAAUGGAGUCUCCAAAGAUCUAUCCUUCCACCCAACCGCCUGGCACAUACGGAAAGGAGAUCGUGGUUCAAUCGAACGUGUUUGGCAUCGAUGUAGAGAACGAGAUCGAACUUUUCCAAUACAGUGUCUGAUUCGAGCUGAUGUAGCUUUGAAUAAAGAAGUUGUUUUCACCAAGAAAGGAAAAGAAGAUUUUGUCGUGCUUGACAGGCAUGAGAAGUGCUGCACGGUGCUAUACUAUGCUUCCGAAACUCACGAUGAUUUCUUUCAAUCCGAGAUGAAUUGCCUGAUCUAUGAUGGACAAAGCAUGCUCUAUUCUUCGAUAGAUCUAUUCUCCAACCGAUUGAAUACAGAAAACAAAUCAAGGACCUUCCAAAUAGACGGAGUUGAGAUCGGACACAAGGAUUUUCAAAAAUUGCCGUGCAUCAAAUUGGAAAUCAGUGCCACUAAAAACCCUAGCGUCAAGUUCAAUCGGAAGAACGUCGGCAAAAGAUCAGCUGAUCAAAACAUGCUGGCAGUCAACACUGCUUACCGUAAUAUCCUGGAGCUUGCCCUCAACCAAUCAUGCGUUCAAGACUACCACCGAUGUGCCGUUUUCGAACACGGAAAAAUUUUCUUCAUCAGACCAACUGAGGAGGGAUUCCUUAGUCGUGAUUGUGUUGAUGUUGGUGAUGGAAAACGGAUGAUGCCGGGAAUCAAAAAGACUGUUCAGUUUGUUGAAGGACCGUGCGGACGUGGAGAAUGUAAUCCGGCAGUUGUGAUCGAUGGAAUGAAAGUGGCUUUCCACAAAGAGCAACCCAUCAUCGAGAAGCUUCAAGAAGUCGUCACCUCUGACUUUAGUAAAGGGUUGAAAGAAGGGGAAAGAGAGCGAUGUGUAGGUGUCAUCAAGGGCCUCGAUUGUUAUUCCAACUAUAUUGGUCGUUUACGUCACCUCAAGAUCGAAGGAAUCCACCACGAGGGCGCUUCAAAGGCUCGCUUCCAAUUGAAAGACGGUAAUUCUUCGACUGUUGCGGAGUACUUCCAAAGCAGAUGGAAUAUUACUCUCAAAUAUCCUGAUGUCAAUCUCAUUUGCUGCAAGGAAAGAGGAAUGUCAAUUUCUACCCAAUGGAGCUCAUAUACAUCUCUCCAAACCAGCGUUGCUGUGCCGCCGGACGUUCGCCAACGAAUCAUUAUGACAGGAAAAGCGGCUGCUAAGAUCUCUGGAGAUGCGGUUCUAAACAAGUUGGGUGUCCAGAUCUGCGAAGCUCCGCUACUCGUCCGUGCUCGUCAGUUUCCUCCGGUCAAAAUCGCCUUGAAUCCAACCAGCUCUGCAAUUCCGCAAAAAGAAAAUAAAUGGCGAAUCGGGCAAUACUCAAGACCAGCUGUUGCUCCAAAAAUCUGGGCAAUGUACGCGGUCGGAACACCUUCUAGCCGAUUCUCACAGCCUCAACUAGCGAAUUUCGCCAGAGAAUUUGUGAAGGUAGCUCAACAGAAAGGCAUUCAGCUGGAUCCGCCAAAGGAUUGUCAAUGUGUUCUCGCAACAGAAAUUGAAUCACAAUUAGCUGCAGCACAUAAAGCCAGUUGCGAAUUCGUCUUCAUCAUCACGGACGACGCAAUCACUAAUCUUCACCAGAAGUACAAGAUGAUUGAAUCCUUGCAAUCUAUCGUGAUUCAAGACAUGAAAAUGACGAAAGCAUUAAGUGUGAUUGACUCAGGAAAGAGACUUACUCUGGAGAAUGUGAUCAACAAGACCAAUGUGAAGCUUGGCGGAAGUAACUACAUUUUUACGGAUACCAAGAAGUACCUUGACAGAGUGCUCGUCAUCGGAAUCGGCAUAUCUCAGCCACCACCUGUAACUAAAUUCAUUGUGGAAGGAAAAGGUUUCCUGAGCCCACAGAUUAUUAGUUUCUCGUAUAAUGGAAAACAAAAGCAAGAAUUUGCUGGAGAUUUUGUUUUAUGCCCCGCUGGACAGGAUGUAAAUGGUUUUUCCGCUUCAAAACUGAUUAUUUCGUUACAGACUUUGUCUUCAAUCGAAGACAUCAUGAAGGAAUCCAUCCUGGGAUACAAGAAAUGCCACGAUGGCACCGAUCCUGAAACCGUGAUUGUGUACCGAAGCGGAGUCAGUGAGGGGAACCACGGCAAUGUCAUCGCCUACGAAAUUCCACUGGCUCGUGCUGGUAUAAAUGAAGUCUCCAAAUCGGUCAAAUUGGUGUACAUCGCUGUGUCGAAAGAUCACACCUAUCGUUUCUUCAGAAAUGAUUUGAUAAUUCGAAAAAAAUCGUUUCGGUCGUCGCAAUCACAACUCAAACCCUGCGACAUCAACAUUCCACCAGGGAUUUCAAUCGAUCACAUGGUUACAAACCCGGCUAUCAAGCAGUUUUUCCUGAACUCGCACAUCGCUCUGCAGGGAUCGGCAAAAACUCCCCUCUACUCGAUCCUAGCAGACGAUACGCUAGCCAGUUUGGAGAGUUUGGAGGAGCUGACAUACAACCUAUGCCAUCUCCAUCAAAUUGUCGGACUUCCCACCUCCAUUCCAACGCCACUAUACGUAGCCGCCGAGUAUGCCAAACGAGGAAGAAAUUUGUGGAAUGAAGCCAACUUGAAAAACCCACUCAUUCGUUCUGGCUCCGAGAGAGAACAGCUUCGAGCAGCGACCCACUCCAUCAACUACAAGCAUACAGGCGACUUCUCCGACCGUCGUGUGAAUGCUUAA